UGCGGACGCUAAGCUGCGAAUUUCGUAGACCGUAGGUUUUAGCUGGUGAUCUCUUUAUAUGCUAAUAAUGCUAUUUAAGUAUCUAAUGCAAUAAAGUAUCUCUCUUGGUCGUGUCCAUUGUGCCAAUAAUACUCUCAAUAUCAUAUCAACAUCAUUGUUGUCGGUUUAUUUAUUUUUGUAAGCCAUAGUGAUAUUAGUGGUACGCAAAACGGCUUGCAGUGAUCACCUUAAAGUUUGCAAAAAAAAAAAUAUUGCAGCGGGCGUUUUUAAGCAUUUUGACAAGAAUUGGAUAUAAGAUUAAACUGAGAAAAACAAAAACAAAAACAAAAAAACUUGCGAGUGUAAAAAAAAAACAAAAAAAUAUCUUAUAUGGACUGUUUAAAUUAAAAAAACUUAAUUAAAAAAGAUUUAGUGACAAUUGUGACAAAAUCAAAAAAAAUAAAACAACUUUCAUAAAAAGGAUAAAAAAACACAAAGUUGCACUUUAUUAAAAAAAAAAAAUAAAAGAUCUGAAACAAGUUUGUAUUAUAAGCUUAUAAGCAAAAAUUUAGUGAAGCUUAACCAAUACCGGAUUUUCAACUGCUCUUAUAAACUAUUCAAGCAAGCUAAUUAACUAAGAUUCUGCCAAGUUGGAUUACUUAACUGUCUAGUUGAAAAGUGUUGGCAGUCAAUUUCAUUGAAAGGCAUUUCAUAUAUACGCAAACACAGGAGCAAAAUGAUUUCAAGAAGGAAAAUUAUAUCACGGUCCUUGGACAAUCUUGACUCAAUAGGACCUAAUGAUGAAGAAGAAGACAUGUGGUAUGACAAGGACAAACUGUGCAAGGAUCACAUAGAUGAAGUUCUCUCUAAAUGGGAACAAAUCGACGAUGAGAUUUGGGCCAAAAUUGUCGUUUUUGAAAAGAAUCGACGUGUGGCAAAGGCAUACGCCCGAUCAUCGGUCAUAUCUAUCAACGGAUCUAAGCAUGGUUUUGAUGGAGUAAGAAUCGGUUUAAAUGGAUUUCAUAAUCCAAUGCGUGAUCCUCAAACAAAAGAUGUCAAAAAAGCCAUUGGUGAAGGUUUCAAAUUGAAAAUGGACGAAACGGGAAAUAUUCUUAUCAAACGUUAUGGAAAAUCAAAUGUUUACGUUCAUAGUACCUCAAAAUUAUCCAACGAAGAAACUGUCAUUGGGGCAGAUAUAUUACAAUUGCCACAACAAGCCAUUAAUAUUGGAACUUCUGCCAAGCUUUUUGAUAUGCGUAAGUUCACAACAAACAUCAAUCGAGAAUUCUCUCGAACAGCCCCCGAAUGUAAUCGUCUGGAGCGUCAAUGUUUAUCUGCCAUUUCUGUAGUGAAAUCCAGCAAUAAUCUCAUUCACAGUCCUCUAUGGAUUCUGGUCAUUAAUGUUGUUGCCAUUGAUAUGCUUAAGAGUCGAAUGACAACAAUCGGAAGGAAUAUCGAUAAUGGUCAUCGAAUUUCACCAACAACAUCUGGAAGUGAAGAUCCAUAUUCGACAAUUGAAAGUCAAGCUGAGCUCAUUCUAGCCGAAGAUGCAAAAAUGAAUGCAAAACUUAAGGAAUAUGUUACUUAUGAUGAUAAUCCUUAUGUUCCUAAGCCUGAUUAUGAAAUCUACAAUCAAACCAUUUCCAUGAGUCCGAAGAACAACAAAACUGUCCAACGAAAAAAACAAGAUGAUCCUUAUUACUGUGGUUUAUUAGCGCGAAUUCCAAAUUUUAUCAAAUCCAACAAGUCAUCUAGUAGCAAUAAAAAGAAAGAUUCAAAAACGGCUCGAAAGAUAUCUGCACAGCAUUUGCCUCUGCCCUCGCAUCCAGUUCCAUUUGGAGCGUUUCAUCAACAUCCCCCGGCAUCUUAUUAUCCUUUCAAGCUGCAUCCGCAACAUCAUAGAAUAUCUCAAUCACAAAUGUCCUUGUGGGAUGCACGCAGUUUAGUCAGUGGAUUUGAAUAAAAUAGAGAACCCAUUUUUAAAUAUUAGUUAGAUACUUUUUUUUAUCAAAAAAAAAAAAAUAAAAGAGAGACGAGGUAAACCAUGAAAGGAAUUCGUAUCGCAUCGUGAGUGAGGUCCUUUGCCAUAAAACCGCUUAAGACUGAAAUACGUCCUAUUAAAAAAAAAAAUAAAAGGAAAACAACAUUUUUUUUAAAGUAGGCCAACGGCAGAAAAGUUUCUGAUCUUUUUUUUAAAUUAAAAAUAAGUCGUGCGACAAAGUUUUUAUUAUUUUAUAAUUAAAUAAUUAGAUAAUGUUAUGAAUCAAAACUGCCUUGUUU